AUGAAGACCCGACCUGCGGGGAUCGGCAAUGUCAAUGCCGACUGGAUGGGUUCGCUCCCCUCCAAGCUCAGUGCCAUGCCUCUCAAACACCUCGCCGUGCCAGGGUCUCAUGAUUCUUUUACCUACUGGGUGGAUGUGCAUGCUCCUGUGGGGCCCGAUCAGAAGGCAUAUGUCAAGUACCUGGCCACUAUGUUCAGUGUCUUAGCCAAGAAAGUCAUGGUGAAGUGGUCCAUGACCCAGAAUCUGACAUUUAAAGAGCAGCUGGAGGCAGGAAUUCGCUACUUUGAUCUCAGGGUCUCCUCAAAACCAGGCGAGCCUGGAAAUGAGAUCUACUUCAUCCACGGCCUGUUUGGCCACAAGGUGAAGGAUGGCUUGUUAGAAAUUAACUCCUUCUUAAGCAGACACAGGAAAGAGGUAGUGUUUUUAGACUUCAACCACUACUAUGCAAUGGACGCAGAGCAUCAUGUGUACCUCAUCACCAUGCUCCAGGAAGUGUUCGGCAGCAAGCUUUGUAACAACUCUGCAGUGGAGGUCAUCACUCUGGACUUCCUAUGGGAGAAGAAAUACCAGGUGAUUGUGUUCUACCAUCAUCCAACAGCUCAGAGUAUCCCUGUCAUGUGGCCUGGCAACAAGAUCCCUGCUCCCUGGGCAAACACCACUGAACCCAACAAGCUUAUACAGUUCCUGGAAACAACACUGAGGGAAAGAGCCAAGCAGGGCUCCUUCCACGUGUCUCAGGCCAUCCUCACACCCAGGGUUAACACUGUGGCCAAGGGCCUGGUCUGGGGGCUACGUAACUACCUGGUGGAGAGAAACCUACCAACCAUCAUGUCCUGGGUUGAGGCUCAAAGGCCCGGGGUGGACGGGGUCAACAUCAUCACCUCUGACUUUGUGGAGCUCACUGACUUUGCCAACAUUGUCAUCAAACUCAACAACCUGCUGUUGUCUGAACAGGAUUGCAAACCAAGAUGACACACCAACAAGACAAGCGUGUGCUGACCCACACUGUGGUGGAGGAUGGAGGUUAAAGGUUGGAUAAUAGCUCUUACUGAACGCUGAAAUUCUGGGAACUGGUUUAGUUAAUUUUAAUAAUUAAUAAUAUAUUAUUUUACAUAAGCAAUACAAAAGCUUUGUCAUCAGCUACCACAUAGCUUUCUUUAGCUGACAAGGUUUCAUUGUCUUGUUUAAGGACACUUCAGCAGAAAGAUACACAAGGAUACUGUAUGCCAGAUACCCUCUAGAUGCUUGAAUGACAUAAAACCGUUAAACCUUCCCUUAGAAGAACUCAUCAGCUAACUUUUGGAAUUUUGAACGUCACAGUUUUGGUUGCAGUCGACUCUCAGCCACAGUAUCAUGCACAAGUCCAAAAGAGGGAAGGAAGCUGGAGCUCAGAACAGAGGGCAUGCCUGAGGCAUUUUUUACCAUCGUCAUCGGAUCGACCAAAUCAGUCAUACCACAGCUCUGUCUUCAUUUUCAUCUGGCUGCCUUUCCUACAUUCCCUUUUGAGGGAAAAUUGGAAUAUAUCACGUUGCUACAGAAACAGACUCCCGGCUACCUGUCACAUGGACAAUGGUC